AUGUCCAACAACGCCCAGAACGCCCAGAACCCCGACGCCGAGGACGAGACCCCGGUCGCCAAGUCUGCCGAAGACCGCAAGGCCGCCACUGCCCUCGCCAACCUCGAUGCGCGCGACGAGUCCUCCGCCGCCGCCAGCAAUGUUGACCAAGAUGCCGUCAGCGCUGCCAUGAAGACUCUCGGCGGUGCCGCCUCCGGUGCCGGCUUAGGCGCUGCCGCCAAGGGCUUACCCGCCAGGACCAAGAACGUCAAGGUUGACCAAGCUGACGUGACUCUAUUGGUUGAGGAACUUGACCUACCCAAGGCAAAGGCGCUAGACCUGCUCAAGGCGCAUGACGGCGAUGCCAUCGAGGCCAUGAAGGCUCACAUUCAAAGUUAUAGCGAAGCCUAUCUCAACAAGAUUUAA